GUAGCACAGAGGGGCUCCCACCUCAGGCCAGGCCCAGAGACCCCCUCCCGCCUUCUCCCCCAGGGAUGAGUAGCACGGAGGGGCUCCCGCCUCAGGCCAGGGCUGGACGGUCCCUUAGGACUGGUCACAGGACAGCCCGUCUCUGUGCCGGUACUGGAGCACAUCUUCCCAGGAUGCACCAGCAGGGAGCUGGACCAGAGUCGCUGGGACUGCACCAGUACUCUGACAUGGCACACGGGUGUCUCAGGCCAUGGCCCAGCCCACGGCACCGCAACGCCCCCCCCUCCCCAGGAUCCUAAGCUGCCCCUCUCCUCUCUCCCAUGGGUCAGGUCCGUCUCGGCAGCCUGGCGCUUACUCAGGCCCUCCUCUCCUCAUCUUCUCUCCCCGGGGGUCACACACCCCCACAUCAUGGCUGGCCGACCCUCUGCCGGGAUACCCAGACCCCAUCGUGCCCUACCCUGUACCCCCUCUGUCCUGACCCUGGAGCCCCCCUGCAGCUUCCCUGUCCAGGGUGGGUGGGGCCCCCUCUGCUCUGCAGAUCGAAUGUCUUUAGCAUCAGCCAGGCCGAGCUGCGGGAAGCCUGGCCCGGGGUGCAUCCUGUGGGGGGGAUAGCCCUCAGUGCAGGCCUGCUGACCCGCGGGGCCGGGCCCAGAGCAGGUGUCAGGUGGGCAGGGGUCUUGGCUGUUGCUCGCAGCCUGGGCCCUUCUGAGUCCUCCCCGCCCAUCUCUGUGGACUUGCCACAUGGGUGGAGCUGGAAUGUUCCUUGGUUUGGCCCUUAAUGCUCUGGGCAAAAAUAGGAACCUGGGAGGCCCCAAGGGCUCCAUGCCCUUGUCUUGAGGCUCAGCCUUGGGAGCCACGGGGCCGGGUCAGGUCAGGCCAAGAGUGGUCGCCCCAGGCCUGGGACCUACUGGGCCUGCUUGCUUAGGGCUCGGUCGCAGAUGGAAUUUAAAAUAACCUUUUGCCUUAAUUCCAAAGAUAUUACACACUUGCUAUAGGAAACCAGGGAAACAUUUUUUUAAGAACAAUACGAGCGCCUGCAGCGUCUGUCCGGCCGUGGCAGGCAGAGGCCAGGACGUGUUCUGCCGAGGGUUUUCCCCACCCUAAACGGACGCACGAGAGCAGUGGAUGCUGCGUCAUUGUGCUGCACAUUCUGUUGUCUUUAAAUAUUUACGCAGGAGGUCACUGGGAGGGCUGUGCGUUUUCUCGCUGGUCCCCCUCUGGACGGUGCCCAGGAGUGCCGCUGUGAUGGGUACCCCGGUGACGCCACCCCGGGCCCCUGGAGCUGGAGGUCAGAGAGCUUCCUGCCCAUGGGCGGAGCAGGACGCGUGCCAGCCAGGGCCAGAGCACUCUGGGCAGAAGGCCACUGGGUCCUUCCCGGGGUGGCAGCCCCACGGCUGAGCUCCUUGGUGCUGGCGUUUGUGUUUGUCUCUUAAGGGGGAUAAAAAUAAGCCUUGUGCUCAUGGGGAAAGAAUGUGUGCGCCCGUUCUGGAUCUCACCCAGUGAUGGCUCCAAGUUUGGGCUUUGGCCAUCGGGUGUGCUGUGCCCCCUCCCGCCCGUGUGGAUGGGCGCAGGGUCGAGGGUCUUGGGGCUAGGAGCAGCGUGGGGAUGAUAAAGGUGCUGAGGGCUGGGUUGGGUCUCAGCAACAGAGGGACCCUGCCUGGCCAGGCUGCCCCUCCCCACCAUGGCCAGCCAUCCCGGGAUCUUUCCUGAUCUGCGUGGUCCCUGGGAUCCACCACAGCAGGGACCACGGGUCCUCAUGUGUUGGCACGGCCUUCCAGGCCAGAGCUUGUACCACGGACAGCCCUGUUGUGACGUGACGUGACGUGACAUGACGUGCACAGUACUUGGCACGCCAGCCGUGGCCUGCACGUUCCUGCAGUUUCGUAGGGUAUUUUCCACCUGAGCCUUUGUGUAGCACCUGGGGGUGCAGCUUAGGGCCCGUCCCUUGCAGGUGGCUUUCUCCUCCCUCAGGCCCUUGAUCCCUGCAGCCCCCGAGGGACAGGCGUCAUCCCCACGUCACGGCGGGGCCAGGCAGCCGCAGGUAGGGGCCGACCGCUCCCUGCGGCUGUGGCGGCUGGGACUGAGCUGUCCCUUCCACGCCUCUGCUGGGGGUCUACCUGAGGGCAGGUGAGGGAGACGCCUGCUGUGACCGGGAGGGGUCCGGAUUUGGAGCGGGGAGAGGGCGCCACCAGAGCAGGAGUGUGGCCCAGAGCACAGUGUUGGUGCUGGGAGCGGCUCCGUGGUUUGGAGGGAACAGGGUGGGCGAGGGGCACAGUUUGAAAGGCCGAAUUUUCUGGAAGGUUCUUGGGGAGGUUUGGAGCCGGGCAGGUGUGAGCUGAGUCAGCCCUGGCUGAGCCGCCGGGCCUGCGUUUCCCGGCCUGUGAAGUGGGUGAGCGGACGCUCGGAGCCACGGAGGUGCUGAGAGCAGGACGGCCGUCACUCAGGACAGGUGCCCCGGGCGGAGGGUGAGCUGCCCCUGCCGCUCGGUGCAGGUGGCGUGGCAGAGGUGAGGCGUGGCGUGGCUGGGGGAGCUGGGCCUGCUGGCCCCUGGCCGUGUUGCACCCACUGCAGCUGGCCAUGCACUCACAUGGGCCUGCACGCGUGGCCUUGUGGGAACCUCCCUGGACCCCACGCAGGGUGCAGGAGGCCCCAAGUCUCAGGUCUGGGAUCCCCGGAAGCCUCCCGCAGGGCCAGGACCCUUGCAAGCUCUGGGCUCCGCCGUCUGUGGUUCUGGCUGCCCAUCCUGCUCCGUGUUUUUCUGGUUUCCAGGCAGCGAGCGAGGCCGCUUUGUUGAGCGCCGGGGCCCUUUCCUUGUCGCGACGCGUGUCCCUGGAUCUGUGUGCAGCUUGUCCCAGCAGCCCGGCCUCACGCCACCUGCUGCAUGCAUAUGCCAGCCGUUGAAGGUGUUCGUGUCCAGGGGUUCGGGUCGUGUGAUUUUGUCCUGUGUGCAGGCCUAAAGUGGACCCGGGCAGAAUCACCAGACGCGUCAUUGCAACCUCAGAUGUGCUCUGUCAGCCCCGGAGACGAGUCUGAGAUCGGGGUGCAGGCGGGGCUGGUCCCUUCUGGGGGCUUCUCCUGCCCCUCCAGCCUGGGGGCGCUGCCCAGCCCCAGCAUCCCUGAGCUCGAAGCCCUGUCAGCCUUGUCCUCGCCCCCAUGGCCACACAGCCACCUCCUCUCUGUCUCUCUUCUCAUAAGGACACUGGGCACUGGCGUGAGGGCCACUCUACUCCAGGUGGAUCUCGCGUUCAAGAUCUCAAACUGCAUUGCACCUGCAAAGCUGCCGGCCUCCAAACCAGGCGCCUUUCACGGACUCUGGGGAGGCGGCGUUCAGGAGCCCCCUCGUCCGGUCCUGCUGACGUCUGGGUGCCGUCUCUGGUGCCUGUCACUUGGCUCCCCCGGUGCGGCGAGCACUUGAGGCCGGGCUCACAGCUGUCGUGGCCACUUGACCUUGAGUGACCAUCUGUGCCGCAGACUCCCCCUUGGGGGCCGUGGGGAGGCAGAAUGGACUCCGGCGCCUCUCCUCCGAGCCCCUCCCUCCCAGAGCCCCCAGCCCGCUCUCAGCUCGACGCCGCUGCCUCUGUGGAGCAGGAGAGGAGCGAGGUGCCCCCCGCCCCCGGCGCCCAGGUUGGCCCUGGACCGGGUGUUGGAGAUGCAGCUGCCCCGGACAAGCCCCCGGCCUCGGGCGCCAGGAGUAGAGAAGGAGCAGCUGGGACAGGGCCUGCGACCGGAGACGCGGAGACUCCCUUUGAGGAAGUGCUGGAGAAGGCCAAGGCCGGGGACCCGAAGGCGCAGGCCGAGGUGGGGAGGCACUACCUGCGCCUGGCCCAGGCCGAGGACGAGGAACUGAACAACUGCACGGCCGUGGACUGGCUCAUCCUGGCCGCCAAGCAGGGCCGGCGGGAGGCCGUGAAGCUGCUCCGCCGCUGCCUGGCCGACAGGAAAGGCAUCACGUCGGAGAACGAGCAGGAGGUGAAGCAGCUGGCCUCCGAGACGGAGCUGGAGAGGGCCGUGCGCAAGGCCACGCUGGUCAUGUACUGGAGGCUCAACCCCAAGAAGAAGAAGCAGGUGGCCGUGGCCGAGCUGCUGGAGAACGUGGGCCAGGUGGACGAGCACGAUGGAGGGGCGCAGCCAGGCCCCGUCCCCAAGUCUCGGCAGAAGCAGCGGCGGAUGCUGGAGCGCUUGGUCAGCAGUGAGUCCAAGAGCUACGUCGCGCUGGACGACUUCGUGGAGAUCACCAAGAAGUACGCCAAGGGCAUCAUCCCCACCAACCUCUUCCUGCAGGACGACGACGAGGACGACGACGAGCUGGCGGGCAAGAGCCCCGAGGACCUGCCCCUGCGCCUCAGGGUGGUGAAGUACCCACUGCACGCCAUCAUGGAGGUGAAGGAGUACCUGAUCGACGUGGCGUCCAAGGCGGGCAUGCACUGGCUGUCCACCAUCGUCCCCACGCACCACGUCAACGCGCUGCUCUUCUUCUUCAUCGUCAGCAACCUCACCGUGGACUUCUUCGCCUUCGCCAUCCCGCUGGUGGUCUUCUACCUGUCCUUCGUGUCCAUGGUCAUCUGCACCCUCAAGGUCUUCCAGGACAGCAAGGCCUGGGAGAACUUCCGCACGCUCACCGACCUGCUGCUGCGCUUCGAGCCCAACCUGGACGUGGAGCAGGCCGAGGUGAACUUCGGCUGGAACCACCUGGAGCCCUACGCCCACUUCCUGCUCUCCGUCAUCUUCGUCAUCUUCUCCUUCCCCGUGGCCAGCAAGGACUGGAUCCCCUGCUCCGAGCUGGCCGUGGUGGCCGCCUUCUUCACCGCCACGAGCUACAUGAGCCUGAGCAGCUCGGCCGAGCCCUACACGCGGCGGGCGCUGCUCACCGAGCUGGCCGCCGGGCUGCUGUCCCUGCUGCCCGCGCUGCCCGGGGACGGCCGCUGGCUGAGGGCGCUGGGCCAGGCCUUCUGCACGGUGCCCCUGGGCCACCUGGUCAUCCUCAAUGUGAGCCUCCCCUGCCUGCUCUACCUGUACCUCUUCUACCUGUUCUUCCGCAUGGCCCAGCUGCGGGACUUCAAGGGCACCUACUGCUACCUGGUGCCCUACCUGGUGUGCUUCAUGUGGUGCGAGCUCUGCGUGGUCCUCCUGCUGCAGUCCACGGGCCUGGGGCUGGUGCGCGCCUCCCUCGGCUACCUGCUCUUCUUGUUCGCACUGCCCGUGCUGGCGGCCGGCCUCGCCCUCAUGGGCCUGGUGCAGUUCGCCCGCUGGUUCGUGUCGCUGGAGCUCACCAAGGUGGCCGUGACCCUGGCGCUGUGCAGCGUCCCCCUGCUGCUGCGCUGGUGGACCCGGGCCAGCUUCUCCAUGGUGGGCGUGGUCAAGUCGCUGACGCGCAGCUCCGUGGUCAAGCUCAUCCUGGUGUGGCUCACGGCCAUCGUGCUCUUCUGCUGGUUCUACGUGUACCGCUCGGAGGGCAUGAAGGUGUACAACUCCACGCUGACCUGGCCGCAGUACAGCGCGCUGUGCGGCCCGCGGGCCUGGAAGGAGACCAACAUGGCCCGCACGCAGAUCCUGUGCAGCCACCUGGAGGGCCACCGCGUCACGUGGACCGGCCGCUUCAAGUACGUGCGGGUGACGGAGAUCGACAACAGCGCCGAGUCGGCCAUCAACAUGCUGCCCUUCGUCGUGGGCGACUGGCUGCGCUGCCUGUACGGCGAGGCCUACCCGGCCUGCAGCCCCGGCGCCACGGCCACGGCUGAGGAGGAGCUGUGCCGCCUCAAGCAGCUGGCCAAGCACCCCUGCCACAUCAAGCGGUUCGACCGCUACAAGUUCGAGAUCACCGUGGGCAUGCCGCUGGGCGGCCACGAAGAGGAUGACGUCACCAAGGACAUCGUGCUGCGCGCCAGCAGCGAGUUCCGCGCCGUGCUGCUCGGCCUGCGCCAGGGCAGCCUGGUGGAGUUCAGCACCAUCCUCGAGGGCCGCCUGGGCAGCAAGUGGCCCGUGUUCGAGCUCAAGGCCAUCAGCUGCCUCAACUGCAUGGCGCAGCUGACGCCGGCCCAGCGCCACGUGAAGAUCGAGCGCGACUGGCGCAGCGUCGUGCACGGCGCCCUCAAGUUCGCCUUCGACUUCUUCUUCUUCCCCUUCCUGUCGGCGGCCUGAGGGCGCCCCCGUGCGCGUGGGCUGCCGGGAGGGCCCGCGGCCCCGGCGUUGCGGGUGCGGUCUAUGGGGCCCCUCCUGUUGGGAGCGGCCCCCGCCUCCCUGCACCCCUUCUUCACCUCCGUGUUGAGUGUGUUUCUUAAACAACCGAGUCCACGCCCGUGUGAGGCCCGCUGCCGAGCCUGCGCAGCCGUGAGCCCGUCCUGGGGUGUGCCCCACUGCCUGAGCCCGGUCACCUGCCCAAGGCCUGCCGCGGCCCUGCUGUCCCGUGGCGGGGGGGUCUGGGGGCCUGACCUGAGUCCCCCCGGACUCUGGCCCUGGAGCAGAAGGCAGGGUCCUGAAACGGGCAGAAUAAAAUCCUGUGGUGAAGCCUGCAGCCCUCACCUUUCCGCAGGUGCAGGGCUCUGCCCUUGGCUCGGCUGAGCUCCAGAACCGACGCCCCUGCCAGCGGGCAGAGCCCCUCACCAGCCCAGCGUGGGCGUGAGGGGCACCCAAGGGCUCCGGGGUCACCUCUGGCGGCCGGGUGCCAGGGCCGCCUGCUGCCCACACUCCCAGGGCGGCAUCCCGGACCUCAGCAGGUCCCUGGCCCCACCCUGGCUGGAGGGGUAUCUGGACGUGGCCCUGGCUGGGGGGUGUCUGGGGUGUGGCCCUGCCUGGGGGGGUAUCUGGACCUGGCCCUGGCUGGAGGGGUGUCUGGACGUGGC